AUGAACCUGCCGCUGCUACGCUCGCGUGCUUUCGCGGGUGAUCGUGUGGGCUUUGACCUUCUAAAGCGAUGGAUUUCCAAUGCCUUCAUGCGCGAGGUGCGCGAUACCUCACCGGUCGGCUGCCCUUGGCAAUCUUUGAUAUCGGCUUUGGAGGAGUCCCGGCGGCGGCGCUGGCGCGAGGCACGCGCAGAGGGCGAAAUGCUGGAGCUGGAUCCCAUCACGGAGGCAGACAUCCGAACAGCCCUUGUUCACGCCUACCAGGACAUGCCCCCGGCCGCGCACCGAGCAGUUGCUGAGGCGAAGCUGAAGGAUGAACUCUCCAUUUUCCAGAUGGCACACUUCCCGGAUGCAGAUGCCGUGAUUCGACACUGGAAGUGGUACCUACACUGCUUGACGUUUGAAAGUCACGAGUUCACUUCUGAUGGCACCUGCUGGGACAAGUUUCCUGACCUGGAUGAUCCCUGCAUUGUGCGGAUGCCUCUGGACUGCGUCGACCUGCAAAUCCUUGCACGCAUUUUCAAGGUGCAGAUCACGGUUUCCCGGCUGGGACGGGAGGCGCUUCGACUGCUGCCCAGUGAGGAGGAUGGCUGUGAGGACGUCAUUCACCUGAUUAUGCAUGCAGGGCUUUGGGCCGCGCUCCUGAGUUCUCGGGCACCGAUACCGGAGGCUGACAUCGUGGGCGCCGUGGUCAAGCUGAGCAAUGAUCUGAGCUGUUUCCAAGACUUUGCCAACAAGACGGCCUGCAUCCUUUCCUACGAUGAAGUGCAAGACUUCUGCACAGCCUGCGUGGGGAGGUACGUCAUCCCGGUGCAGCGGGACGGAAUUUGCAGGAUCAUUGCCUGCGACGAGUCUAGGCACCAUCCGCGCUACCGGACUCGUGAGAUCGACGUGAGAAGUCGCGAGAUCCGGCGAAGCCGAGCUCAUUUGGACGGUCCUGGGCCAGGGGACGCGCCGAGCUUUUUCGGCAUCCCAGACGGCUCCUUGGAGUUUCAGGUGCUUCUGGACUUGGUCACUCAGAUGGCUUGUGAGCGGCUGCUUGCCACGCGCUCGCACCUGAAGGGCGAGGUCCCGGUCAAGCCGGACCGCUACGCCAGGUACUUGGCACGUUUGGAAGACUUAGCGCCGCUCCCAAGCAAUGUUGAGGUGAAGAGAGUGCAGCUGGAACAGCCGUACAUUCAGAGGACGAAAGGCUCCUGCGGUUCAGAGGAGAUUAUCUCCGGCCGCCGGUCUCUCGAGGAGGUUGUGCAGAUGCUCGACAAAGGUUCCACAACUGUGUGGAUCCUGUGCCCCUGCACAUUCACUCCGCCGGUGAGCCAGAGAAACAGCCUCCUCAGCUGCCAGUAUGGUGCCUACAUCGGCCUCAUCAGCAACGGCAGGGAGUUCAGCGACGGCUCAAAGCUGUUUCUGGCCAAGCCUGCAGGUGUACGGGGCGCACACAUGCCGCGGUGGGUGUCGAGCGACGUGAUAUGCCAAUUCUCCGUCAAGGAGGAGUUCGCCCCAUCGUCGGAGUGGCCAUACCCCCAGGAGUUCCUGUCGCUGAGCGUGGGGGAUCUACUCCUGAUUACUGACCGCGCGACUGGCAAAUGGGAAGGAUGGGCUCGAGGAAGGCUGUGGAAGAGCCACGGCAGCCAGGAGGGCCUCUUCCCACUGCAUUGUGUGAAGCCUGAGCUGUAUGUGAAGAGCUGGUACAAGGAGGGGUCCGAACGCGAGUCACAGGAGCAGCCUGAGCCUGAAGAUGAGCCUGAGGCAGCUCCGGUGUAUCCUCCGCGACAAAUGCGGCGUUAG